UUAGGUCACCUCCUGGCAACUGACACCAUGAGUGUGGGAUUCAUCGGCGCGGGGCAGCUUGCCUUCUCCCUGGCUAGGGGUUUCACGGCAGCAGGAGUUUUGGCUGCUCACAAGAUAACAGCAAGUUCGCCAGACACUGAUCUCCCAACUGUAUCAGGGUUGAGGAAAAUGGGUGUGAAUUUCACCCUAAGCAACAAAGAGACAGUUAAAAACAGUGACGUCCUGUUUCUGGCAGUGAAACCUCCCAUAAUUCCAUUCAUCCUGGAUGAGAUUGGCUCAGAUAUAGAGGAUCGGCACAUUGUGGUCUCAUGCGCUGCUGGGGUCACGAUCAGCUCUAUUGAAAAGAAACUUUCUGCCUUCUGCCCCACCCCGAAAGUGAUCAGGUGCAUGACCAACACACCUGUGAUUGUAAGAGAAGGAGCUACUGUCUACGCUACAGGGACCCAUGCUGACAUAGAGGAUGGAAAGCUCUUGGAACAACUGAUGGCUAGUGUGGGCUUCUGCACUGAAGUGGAAGAAGACUUGAUAGAUGCUGUCACUGGACUCAGUGGCAGUGGACCUGCUUAUGCAUUCACAGCCCUGGAUGCCCUGGCAGAUGGAGGUGUGAAGAUGGGCCUUCCUCGCAGGCUAGCCGUCCGGCUGGGAGCUCAAGCUUUGCUGGGAGCUGCCAAGAUGCUGUUGGAUUCAGAGCAGCACCCUGGGCAGCUGAAGGACAAUGUUUGCUCCCCUGGGGGUGCUACCAUCUACGCCCUGCACUUCUUGGAGAGCGGUGGCUUCCGUUCACUCCUCAUCAAUGCUGUGGAGGCAUCCUGCAUCAGGACAAGGGAAUUACAAUGCUUGGCUGACCAGGAGACGGUCUCCCCGGCCGCUGUUAAGAAGACCUUAAUGGAUAAAGUGAAACUGGAGUCUUCCUCUGCCAACAAGGUCAGCUUAUUCAGCAAAAAGAAUCCUGGCAGCAAGAAGCAAUGAGGAGGCCUGGGCCUUGCCUAGCCAACAUUUUCCUUUUCCCUUUCAGGGGAAUCAGUAGCUUAAGCCAAUUUUUUUGUGGUGGGGCCUAGCCUGGUUUCACGGCUGCAGGAGAACGGGGUUUUAGCUUCCAGAUGUGAUUAAUUAAAGGGUAGCAGGGACCAGCAUUUCUGGGGGCUGAGCAGGAGGCACUGUCACCAGCACUUUCCACUGGGUGGGUGACUGGGUGUACUUCUGACCUUGAGGGAUUUCGCUCCUGUAGUUGUGAUUACAGUGUUUUGUUAUUUACAUCCUCCUCUCUUCCUCCGGGGCACACCCUUCCUAUUAAUCCUUUCAUCAACUUCAUGAACAGUGCUAUUUUUCUAGAAAAAGAGGUUCCGUUACUCACCAUGAACACCUUCCUCAUUCUCUUA